GAAAUGAACCAGAAUUAUUCAGAAGAAUCUGCUGCCAUUCCAAGCAACAGAUAGAUACAAAGAGAGUCACGGGCGCACGCACACUGAGCGGUGUGAGUGUGUGUAUCAUCAGUGAGAGAUGUCGGACGAGGAGCACCACUUCGAGUCCAAGGCCGACGCCGGCGCCUCCAAGACCUUCCCACAGCAAGCCGGCACCAUCCGCAAGAACGGCUACAUCGUCAUCAAAGGCCGCCCUUGCAAGGUUGUGGAAGUUUCUACUUCUAAAACCGGAAAGCAUGGACACGCUAAAUGUCAUUUUGUAGGCAUUGAUAUCUUCACUGGGAAAAAGCUGGAAGAUAUUGUUCCCUCUUCCCAUAACUGUGAUGUUCCUCAUGUCACCCGUACAGACUACCAGUUGAUUGAUAUAUCUGAGGAUGGAUUUGUCAGUCUGCUGACUGAAACUGGUAAUACCAAGGAUGAUUUAAGGCUGCCAACUGACGAGAACCUUCUAUCCCAGAUCAAGGAUGGCUUUGCCGAGGGAAAGGACCUUGUGGUUAGUGUGCAGUCUUCAAUGGGAGAAGAGCAGAUAUGUGCUCUCAAGGACAUUGGUCCAAAGUAGUCGCCUUCCGUUCUGCAAUUUAUCACCAAGAUGUUUUCUUGUACUAUUUUGCCAAUCUUGUCGUUUUCUCUUACUGAGUGGUUUUAUCAGCUACCUCAUGAUCCUGAAGGUUGUUGGACAAACUUUGUCUAUGUGUUUGUGAUCGUUAUGGAUUUAAUCUGUGAAUUUGUGAUGUACUUUGGUCCAAUCAAUUUUGAUUUAUCGUCUUGAAAGACUUCUGCA